AGAGUGAAUAUAAAUUGCUAGACCUAUCUAUCUGACUGUGAAAAUGACAUAAAAAAAACCAAAACAGUGCGUAGGUUAUGUUUACAGUGGUAUUCUAGUGUCAUAAUUGGAAGUAAAAUUAAAAUGGAAGAAGUAAAUAUAGUGACAGAUGCUCACACUUCAGUCGAAGAGUCAGAAGAUAACAAUGUAACGAAUGGUCUUGAAGAAGAAGCAAUUGAACUACAGGCUUUAGGUUUGUCGGUAUAUGAUCAAGAAGAUUUAGAACAGGGAAUUUUGAAUCAUGUCGAUGAAGUUGUGAAACAACAGAAACAAAAUGAAGCUAAAAAUAAACUUGAUAAAGCUUUCAAAGAAGUAUGUGAUGAAAUUAGUGCCUGUGGUGAGGACAUCAAGAGAAGUGAAGCACUGUUGGAUGAGGCCGGCUGCCAACCGGGGACUCGGCCUGCACAUGUCAGGAAGAAUGUUGAAAUCAAGAGGAAACAGCUGGUGUCUCUUCAUGCCCGGCAGCAACAUCUGCAGAAACAGCUGCAGAACCUGGACAGUGGAGAGCCGAUCGAAGCAGAUGGCGCUGGCCCUGCAGAGAGCAGUAGCGAUGCACUCCUGCUGGGGAAACAGCCGGUUGAAAGCGAGAUGGAGCGGAAGAUACGGCUUGGUGAAAUGACUCCGUUUGGAAGCACCCUUUCAACUUCUAGAGCCUUGCCUGUGAAAGAACUGACUGAAUUUGAGAAAUAUUUGCUGGACCAAUCCAAACAGCAGAUGCGUAAGAAGAAUUCUGCAAAAGCACAAACAAAAAAUGCAGUGCAUGUGGGAGAUAGCAUGCCAGUCAAGAAGUCACCAAGAGAACGGGCUUCUCCUCUGAAAAAAUGUAUCCUCCAACCAAAGAAACGUAAAAAAAAAGUAAAUUUGGGCACAUGGACAAGUGAGGAUUACAGGGAUCAGAACCGUAAACCAGAGAAGCCCAUGUCGGAGACUGUGCCGCUCGAUGACAGCGAGGGGAGUGAAUACCUCCCGUCAGAGGAGGAGUGGGAGCAGAUGCAAAGAGAAGAAAAGGGAAGCAGACACAAGGCACCUAAGAAAUCACAGCCCAAGAAGAGGCAAUGCAAGAAGAAGAGCAGUACGCACCCUGAGACGUGGGACAGUGAUGACAGUGACUGGGAAUAUUCAGACGAAGAGUCUCGUGCUAAGAGAAGAAGCAAGAGCAGGAAGGAGAUUGACGAUGGCAACCUGGAGGACUUCCAGGAGAGGCUGAAGCUGUGGGAGGAGCGGCAGGCGAGGGAAGGCGCGGCCGAUGACGGCAGUCCCCACGAGCUGGAAAACGGUCUGAAGGUGCCGGCCCAGCUGUGGGGAAAGCUCUACAGCUACCAGCGCGUGGGGGUGCAGUGGCUGUGGGAGCUGAACCAGCAGCAGUGCGGGGGCAUUCUCGGGGACGAGAUGGGGCUGGGCAAGACGGUGCAGGUCAUCGCCUUCCUCGCCGCCCUGUCCCACAGCAAGCUGCUCACGCAUCACAACAGCUUCCGUGGCGUGGGUCCAUGCCUAAUUGUCUGCCCCACGACCAUGAUGCACCAGUGGGUGCAGGAGUUUCAUACGUGGUGGCCGCCUUUUCGAAUAGCAGUGCUGCACGAGUCUGGUUCAUUUAUAGGCAAGAGGGAGACGUUGAUUGGCCACAUAAAUUCGAGGAACGGCAUUCUGGUGACGUCUUACGUGGGUGUGGUCCAACAUCAAGAUGCCCUCUUGUCUAAAGCGUGGCACUAUGUUAUUUUGGAUGAAGGACACAAGAUACGUAAUCCUGAUGCCAAGGUGACGCUGGCGGUGAAGCAGUUCCGCACCCCCCACCGCGUCAUCCUGUCCGGCUCGCCCUUGCAGAACAACCUCAAGGAGCUGUGGUCGCUGUUCGACUUCAUCUUCCCGGGCAAGCUGGGCACGCUGCCGGUGUUCCUGGCUCAGCUGGCCGUGCCCAUCACGCAAGGCGGCUACGCCAACGCCUCCCAGGUCGAGGUGGCGACGGCGUACAAGUGCGCGACCGUGCUGCGGGACACCAUCGCCCCGUACCUCCUGCGCCGGAUGAAGGCGGACGUGAAGUCGCACAUCAACCUGCCUCCCAAGAGCGAGCAGGUGCUGUUCUGCAAGCUGACGGAGGAGCAGAGGCGCCACUACAAGGCCUACCUGGAGUCGGGCGAGGUGGAGCGGAUCCUGCACGGCCACGCGCGCAUCUUUGUGGGGCUCAUCAACCUGCGCAAGAUCUGCAACCACCCGGACCUGUACUCGGGAGGCACCAAGCUCUUCGCGGGGGACAGUGCCCUCCCAGAGGAAGAGAGUUAUGGUUACUGGGGAAAGGCUGGCAAAAUGAUCGUGAUUGAAUCCCUCUUGAAGAUCUGGAAGAAACAGGGACACCGCGUCCUGCUGUUUACUCAAAGUAGACAGAUGCUGUGCAUUAUGGAAUCAUUUGUUCAGAAACAAGGUUAUUCUUACUUGAAGCUUGAUGGAGGUACAUCCAUCUCGGCUCGACAGCCGCUAAUAAAGAAGUUCAAUGAGGACCCGUCGUGUUUUGUGUUCCUGCUGACCACGCGUGUCGGAGGCCUGGGAGUGAACCUGACGGGCGCGGACAGAGUGGUGAUCUACGACCCCGACUGGAACCCUGCGACGGACACGCAGGCGCGGGAGAGGGCCUGGCGGAUCGGGCAGCGGAACCGCGUCACCGUCUACCGCCUGAUAACCGCCGGCACCAUCGAGGAAAAGGUGUACCAUCGACAGAUAUUCAAACAGUUUCUCACAAACAGAGUUUUAGAAGAUCCAAAGCAGCGUCGUUUUUUCAAGUCCAAUGAUCUGUUCGAGCUGUUUAUGCUGAAAGAAAGUGAUAAAGAUGGCAGCACAGAAACUGCAGCUAUAUUUGCAGGCACAGGUUCCGAGGUUAAACUAAAACCACACAACAAAAAUGCUGAUAAAAGCAAGCAAAAGGUUAAGUUAUAUUCAUCGAAAACAUCAUCUGGCAGUUUUAUGGAAAAUGAUAUUUUACCCUUGGGUAAGACAAAUUGUCCUGCAUUUUCCCAAGCCAAGCUGGAGAACAUGAAGAAGUUGGCCGAACUGUUGAGUAAGAAGUUUUCUUUGCACUGUCAGAAGAAAGAGACAGUGGAAUCCAUCUCUGAGGUGGUAAUUCCCGAGUUGGUGGAAACAGCCAAUGAAUCUCAGGCAGGCGCAGUGCCAGUGCAAAUAAUGGAAUCUUGCAGCGAUGUACCCAAUGUAACGCUCUCUGGCGACAUUCCUGCAACCAGUGAUGUUGAUGCUGCAGAUGCUGAUCAACAAAGAAUUAUAGCUUGUCCGCCAUCUGCAUGUGCUGUUGAAAAUUUUCACGAGAGUUUGGGAGACCUGCAAGAGUGCAGAGAUGCCGUUACCAUAAUCAAUGUAGAAAAAAGUGAAAUUAUAUCUACAGAAUAUGAUGACUCGGAACGUUCGAGGAAAGAGAAAGCAAACAAAGGUGUGGGAAAAUCCAGAGCAAAUAAGAUUGACUACAGCAGCAUGCAGCAUCAGGGCGGCAUGAAGAAGCAUCAUUCCAAGACUCUCGGAGGGACUGGAAAAGUCUCUCCGACAGAGAGGCACAACCACCACAAAAGGAAACGUGAUCACGAUCGAAAACACAGGAAGCGAAAGAAGAUGAAAGAAAUGUUGUUCGAAGGGGAGCGAGUGCCGCAUUUGGUUGGGCAAGAGACCACAGCAAAACCGAGUCGCUCUGAUGACGAAGAGCGAAAUGCAGAGCAUGAUGAUUAUGUUCUGAGAAAGCUGUUCAAGAAGUCAGGUCUGCAGACGGCGCUGCGACACGACACCAUCAUGGAGAAGGGCCACUCGGACUAUGCCCUGGUGGAGGGGGAAGCGCAGCGCGUGGCCCAGGAGGCGGUCAAGGCCCUCAGAGAGUCCCGGCAGCAGUGCUGGAGGGCGGGCUCCGGGGUCCCCUCGUGGACGGGCCAGAGCGGUGCCGUGCGGCUUCCGUCAGGCAUGCGUUUUGGCAAGAAGAAAGCUGCGCAGCGUAAUUCCACGGCGACCUCCUCGCACGGCGGGAUCGGCCAGCCCAGCACUUCGGGCGGCAGCGCGAGGAAGGACGACGCGCCGAUGUCUUCGAGCGAGCUGCUGGCGCGCAUCAGGGCUCGCAACCGCCUGACGACGCCCGCGGACGACCUCCCGCUUCGCCCGGCGCCGCCCGACGACGACACGGAGCUGCUCGCCGACAUCAGGAACUUCGUGGCCUUCGGAGCGACCGUGGACGGCCGAGCCUCAACCCAGGAGGUCGUGGAGAGGUUCCAGGACAGGCUGCUCGCCGGCUCGUCGCCGCUCUUCAAGUUCCUGCUGCAGGAGAUCUGCGAUUUCCACCGGAUGCCUAGCGGGGAGGGGGUGUGGCGGCUGAAGGCAGACUUCAGGUGGUAGUGAUGCGAUUUUUCACAUCGAAGCCAGCUUUGGAAUCGCAUUACUACCUCCUCACGCACUUUCGCAUAACAGAAGGAUUUAUUGAAACACCAGUAUUUAAUCGUAUGUGUUAUUAAGGCUGUGCGGAAAGCUAAGAUUUUAAUCAUAAAACAUAAAGUGUGACUAUUUUAAAAUUACAUACAAAAAUCUAGCAAGUACAGAGUUUUCAGUGGCUGCAAAGCAUAGAAGGUUUUCCAAACUUUAGUAUUCCAUGCACAGAUUUGUGACUUGCCUUACGUAAAAUACUAUUCAAAGACUUCUUUUUUUAACAGCUAAGAACAUAACACCACCCAGAAGGAGUUAAAUAUAUAGUUGUUAAAAUUUUCUUUAAUCAUUUAAGUAAUAACAUAUUAAAUAUUCACCUGAAUGGCAUGAAUGCUCUUGUAGAAAUACUCUCACACAGAAAUCAUGCGUUUAUGUGGGCAUUUGGCUGGUAGAUCAUUUAGCUCAGGCUAUCAAAAUUGAUUUUAAAUAUGUCACUUUAAAUUACAUAGUUGCUUAGCAGCUAAUUUCUGUCUUUAUUUAAGUGAUAUCAAUUUUUUUUGCAUAUUAAGAACAUACUUAAGAUCAGGAAUUACAUAAUCUUAUUACAUUUCUUUUCAAAAUUAAGUGAUAUAAUUUAAUGAACUCAAGGACUCUACUGUAUUAGUACUAUGUAAAGCACUAAUAGUAGUAACAGACUGCUUGGUAAAUACUUUAAAGAGAGACAUUUGAAACUAUCUUUUAUUGCCGAUAAAGUUGUACCAACCAGCAAAAUUACUUCAGGCAAAUGCUGGGAUGUCUCAUUCUCUCAUUGGCAACAAGAUAUACUACAACGGGGAAAAAAAUAGUACUUGGUUACAUUAUUUCGUAACAAAAUUGCGGAUUUUUUUCUCAGUGGUUUUAUAUUUCUUGGGGUGCUGAAUCCGAAUUUCAAAUUUGCUGCCUUGUAGGUGGUCAGCUUCACAAAGAAAAAUGAAAGAAAAAAACUCAAAAUAUUAUCUUUUUUCUUCAGUGUUUUGCUUUGCUUGUCAAGCUGACCUCUUACAAGGCAGCAAACUUGAAAUUCAGAUUCAGCACCCCAAAAAAAUAUAGAACCACUGAGAAAAACUUUGUAAUUUUGUUUACGGGAAAACCAACUUUAUUUGACUGGACUACAGAUUGAAGCUGCUGCAAACACCCAUCUCCUGAACGAUACAAGGAGCAUGCAGUGUUCUCGACCUCUGCAACUUGGCCACGCCUCUCGUGACUCAGCUGCCUUGUGGCGAGGUAGUCACAAGCAUCUCGACCCAUCAUUCCUCCUGUUCCAGAGGAGGGGAGUCUGAGGGAGGUGCAUCUCAUCUUGUACAUUAUAGUGUAUUCGUGAUCGUUCUGUAUUCCAGGCCAUCUUCUGUUUGAAACAAAUCUGAGGUAUAAUUAAACAAAUUUUAUUUAAAAUUUUAUAGAUACUAUUUGUUAGCGGGAAGUGAUGGAUUAAAAUUUUAAUUCAUAAAAGAAACAAUGCUAAUAACAAAACCCAUGUAGCGAAAAAAAAAAUCUUUCCAAAUAGUUUUGUUGCAUUGAGUAAAGUUUGGAACUGUUUACUCAUUUUUAAUUUUGUGUAUUAUUUUACUCAAUAGUUGAAAAUUUAGUAAAAAACAAAAGUUUAUAUUUUUUAUGUCUACUAUACUAUGUUAUGAAAAAAUUUUUUUAAUGCUUUUACUACAAAAUGUGAAAAUAGAUCUCUCUCACCUAUUAAUAAAACUGUUUAAUUUUUAUUUGGGAGUGGUUUUAAGUACAUUGUCAUCACAAAAUCCACUCAAGGAAUCUCAAAUUACAAUAUAUUCAAUGAAAUUAACUCAAAAUACCUAAUACUGGUAAGUAACUUAAAAAAUAUUAAAACUCAAACAUGAGAUUUAUUUAAUGAUUCUUUGGGCAGACUCUUCAAAUUUACCUGUUUGAUGGUAUGUAAUUAAAACUGAUCUACAUAUUUGUUCAGUUGGUUGUAAACGAAGCUGUUCAUAAUAUUUACUUGUGUAAUUUUGCAUCCGGUUUAUCAAGCUGUGAAGUGAAAGUACUUUUGAUGUGAUUGAUUAGUUGCCAGUCUUGUACCAAAUAUUAUUGAAUGUAUAAAAUGUUUGUCUAUAUAAUUUUUUUCUACUUAUGAUUUGUUAAUAAACUUGUGUAUACUGCAUAGGUAGGUAUAUUAUUUGGAAUUUAUGAAAAUAUUUUAAUACCUAAUAUUGUGUGUGAUUUUCUGAAAUCAUAAGGAAAUUGUAA